AUGAUAUUAAGCACAAUUUUCAUUUUAUUUUAUAUCAAUGAAGCUUUAACAACAUGUUCAGGUAUGAUUAAAAAAUGAUUUAUAAAGAUAUAAUACCAAACUCUAUCACCAGAAACCUUAAACCUGCUUAAUCCUAAUGUGAUAACACAAUGAUGUUGAAUCUAUCCUUUAUUGAUUAUCCAUUAACUUUUGAUAUAAUAAAAAAAGAACAUACAAUUUACACAAUUGCUGCAAUUUCAACUCUCUCUGCAUCCGACAUGCAGAACAAUCUUAAUGGUAUUAAAUCUAAAAAUAUCAUUUUAAGCUUAUACUGCAACUAGUUUUGAGUUUCGAUCCCCUUCUGAACAUUAAUUAGAUGGAGUUCAAUAUGAUUUGGAGAUGCUUAUUCAUCAUCAAUUAAAUGAAGGAUUAACUUCAGAUUCUCAAAUGGCCAUUGUAUCCAUUCUUUUUAAAAUUGAUAAAAAAUAAUCAUAAACCUUUUUUGACGACUACUAUUUCAAAAUUUUGAAAUACUAAAACAUUACAACUCUCACUAUAAAUUUUAAUAAUUCCCUUGGUUAUUAGAUAUCUUCAAAUCCAACAUUUUAUACUUAUAUGGGCAGAUUCAAUUCUCAUUUGUUAGAUUGUGAAUAAUUGGUUCAAUGGUAUGUAUUAGAUACUCCACUUCCAAUAACUUAACAACAAGUUAAUCAAUUCAAUUAUUUCUUCAAUAGAAAUCAAACAAAAUCAGAAAACAACACUAAAGAAAAAAUGACUGAAGUGAUUGAACUUUUGAAGUUGAAAGGAAAAUAUUGUGAUAGCCAUUUAGCCCGUGAUUUUAGUCUGUUUUUAGGCUAUUGUAUUAUGAUAUUUAUGAUUUAUAAAUCAAUUUGA